GCGACCCCCAUAUUAUCAUCCGGGUACUGUUGCCUGGACAACACCAGACGCCAUAUUUGUUUGUUGUAGUAGUUCAUACAUCUUCCAGAAGUCAUGCCACCCAAAAAGAAAAGUGGGAAAAAGGGGAAGAAGGGGAAAAAGUCGGGAAAGGCGAAAACCCCCACUGUCAUUGAUGGCAUCCCUACAGAGGAGAUGACCAAAGAACAGCUGGAGGAACAUGUAGUACGUCUGAGAGAAGAGUUGGAUCGUGAGAGAGAGGAGCGAAAUUACUUCCAGUUGGAAAGAGACAAAGUGAAUACAUUUUGGGAAAUAACCAAACGACAGCUGGAUGAAAGAAAGGCAGAAAUCAGGAACAAAGACAGGGAGAUGGAAGAUGCUGAGGAAAGGCAUCAAGUAGAAAUAAAGGUGUAUAAACAAAAAGUAAAGCACUUGUUGUUUGAGCACCAGAAUAACAUAUCAGAUCUGAAGGCUGAUAAUGUGUGUGCCCUGAAACUGGCUCAGGAGGAUCACAGGGAUGAAGAAAAGAAAUUAAGGAAAGAUAAGAGAGCCCUCAAAGUCACUCUGAAAGAGGAGGAACUCUCCCAUGAAGACAUCAUCAAGAAUCUGAAAAAGAAACAUGAUGAACAAAUUACCCAGUUAAGAAGUGACUUUGAAAGACAAGCAAGAGAAAUAGAGGCCAAAUAUGAAAAGAAGAUGAGGACAUUGAGAGAUGAACUUGAUUUACGUCGCAAAACAGAAAUUCAUGAAAUUGAGGAGAGAAAGAAUGGACAGAUUAAUGAACUUAUGAAAACUCAUGAGAAGGCCUUUACAGACAUCAAAAACUAUUACAAUGAUAUCACUCUAAAUAACUUGUCUCUCAUCAAUACACUGAAGGAACAAGUUGAAGAAUCAAAGAAGAAGUAUGAGCAUAUGGAGAAGGAUCGUGCGGAAGUGAUGGCCGAGAACAAACGAUUGUUGGAACCACUACGAGAGGCCAAGGAACAGGUGGACUUACUGAGGAAAAAACUAGCAAACUAUGAGAAGGACAAAGAAACUCUCAGAAUGACAAAGGCCAGGUUAAAGGUGACAGAGGAGGAACAAAGAGCUCUCAAAUGGGAGCAUGAGGUUCUGGAGCAAAGAUUUGAGAAGACUCAGGAUGAACGAGAUGACUUGUACAGGAAGUUUGUGAAAGCUAUCCAUGAAGUGCAGCAGAAGAGUAACUUCAAGAAUCUCUUACUGGAGAAGAAGUUGGGGGCCUUGGCUGAUACACUCGAGAAGAAGGAAGCCCAGCUCAAUGAGGUUCUCUCUGCCUCUAAUCUUGAUCCAACAGCCCUUACAGUUGUCACCAGAAAACUGGAGGAUGUCCUUGAUUCUAAGAAUAGCGCCAUCAAAGAUCUACAAUAUGAGCUGGCUAGAGUUUGCAAAGCACACAAUGAUCUGCUAAGGACAUACGAGGCCAAACUAACACAAUUCGGAAUCCCCACAGAAGAACUUGGCUUCAAACCUCUGGAGAGUACUGUGGGAGGUCAAGCCCUUGGACAGGGACCAGCAGGGCUUGUAUCAGCCCCCUCCUAGAUUUGACAUUGUGUCCCAUUCAAUCCGUCCACUUGCUGUUAACUAUAAACUAUAUUAUAAAAGGAUAAAUUACUUCAUGACAGGAGAAAAUUGAAACAAAAAAUAAUGGGAAGUAUUACUUCCUUAACUAUAAAGCUGUUGUGUAAAGAGCGAAUUUUUGUAAUCCCGUAAGCCGAAAGUUUUAACUUAUAUACAAUUCUUUUAUUAUGUAUUUUGAUGAAUCAUGUCUGUGAUUGUGUUUUUCUGUACAAAUGGUGUAUGAAAGCUACCCUGUGACAGGUAUAUCAGAAUAAAACUGUGAUAACUCUGAAA